AAUCAUAAUAUUCAUAUAGAUAUCCUCAGCUAUGUCCGCCAUCACCGGCGCGUUCACGGUCGCCUCUGUCGCGUCCAAACCAGCCUCGCCGGCGGAGACCAAAACCCUGCAUCCGGGUGGCCGUCGGUCUUCGCGGGUCUCGAUGGCGGUCAGAGCUGCAGCGUCGGUGGAAAAGAGCAGCAACGGAGGGAAAAAGGAGGUUCCUAAUAAUUCAAAGUACGUGGUUCCUUUGGACAAGGCCACCUCUGGCCUCACUCGCCCUUUGGCUGAGAUUCUCAGGGAUCUCAACAAGAGAGUCCCUGAUAACAUCAUCAAUCACCAGGAAAAGUCCAUCCCUUGGUACCAUGCUAACAGAAUGCUGAGCUUCUACGCCCCCGGUUGGUGUGGGGAGAUAAGGAGUGUUAUGUACACAGACAAUGGAAGUGUGACAGUGCUUUAUCGUCUUACAAUACGAGGAUCUGAUGGAGAGGCACACAGAGAGUCUACAGGUACAGUGUCUUUAAAUGAUAUUCGGUUCGAGGAUCCUGUUGCAGCAGCAGAAGAACUAGCCUUUUGUCGAGUCUGUGCUCGCUUUGGUUUUGGCUUGUAUCUUCAUCAUGAAGAUGAGUCCCUGUAAUAGUUAGUGAUUCUUCCUCCGUGUUCUCACGAAAUAGUCAGCAGUGCCC